AUGGCUUGUGUAGCGGUUCAUUCUCAUCUACUUGUCAGUCUCCUUACAAUAUAUGGUACGAUUAUAUUAUUAUUGCUUGUCUCUGGAUCAUGGGAUAUGAGUACAAAGUCGAAGACAACUAGCGGAGAAGAUACUUUUAACGUCGAAGGUUUUAAGAUCAUCACAAUCAUGGUUUUCAAUGCAAUAUUCAAUAUUGGCGCUUGCAUAGGUUUAUGGCUGCAUAAGGCACCAAAAUACCCCGACGGAUAUUCGAGAGCCGUUCGUGGUGGAGCGGUAUUGUCUACAAUAACUCUAGUCUUCACUCUUGUUAUCGCAUCAUUAUUCUGCUGCCGUUAUCCGGCUCAUUCGUCACAGAAGCCCCCAAGCAGUGCGGUUGUCCUUGUCGCGCAUACGCCCAAAGAAGGCGACGAAAAAGGUUCCAAAGAAGCAACGAAGGAGCGAAAACGACUGUCAGCUGAAAAUAAAAAAUCUGACAAAGAAGGCAAGAAGAAAUCAGGUUCCAAGCAGAAGGAUGAAUCCGAAGAACCCAAGAAAGGAUCCAAAGAAGCCAUCAGUGGAUCCAAAUCAGCCCAAGAAGCCCUCUCAGGAGUCAAACCUCUCGUUGCUGGCGACAAAAUAGGGACACGUGAGGAAGAAAAGAAAGCACUCAAGUCAGACAAAACCCAGCGUACAACGCCUAUAUCCGUUAGAAAGGAUCCCAGCAAUCAACCACUGAAGAAAGAUGAAAAGGGGUCGAAAGAACAACAACAACAACAACAACAAAAGCAAAAGGUUGACACAGAUGAAGAGCAAGACCUUUGGCUAGCUCAAUGA